GAGGAGGGUCACAUGGGGUGAGUUUCCUUGAUUUGCAGCCCGGCAGAGCACGCAUGCGGCAGAGGCUGAGACACGGUAACCGCACACCCUCCUCCUUCUUCAGGGAGGAUAUCGUAUCUAUUAACCCUGCGAGGUAGAGUGACUGAGUAGUGCUCAACUGGCAGUACAGAAGUUUUCAGAUGGACCUUGAUGAACCCCAUCCUCCGAAAGGAAUAUUUGAGUGUCAACUUUGCAGCUUAUCCGUCCCGUAUACUUACUUUGGCCAUAAGCCUCCAAACACGAAGUCUGUUAUUCUCCUUGAGGAGUGCUACAUAACGAUGGAUCCCUUCACACCCGACAAAGAGAAAUUCCUCAUCCUCGGCUCACCGUGCAGUUUGUGUAAGAAGGUGGUCUGCGUUGAUACGGAAUGCAGCCUCUUCUACUCCAAGCGAUUCUGCCUGCCCUGUGUCACCAAGAACAGAGACGCUUUCCCAGAGGAAAUCCAACAGGACUUGGACAAGAGGAAAGCCAAGAGACAGUGAGCUAGUAAAAGGAGGACUGGUCAUUUAAUAAACUGUGGUCAACAUGGACUUCCCAAGGACGGCACUAGAACACUUCCAUUAUGUAGUACUUUAUGCUGGGCCUACGCCAGCUAUGGACCUUUCAACAUCCAAUAAAAUUAUACAUCAGCUGAAGAA